UACGUGUCGAACACUGCUGAUAGUCAUAAAAGUAGUUAUAAUUUCCCUACCGAGAAUGUCGCUGUUGUAGGCGUCUCUUCUCGGUAAAACAGAGAAAAGGUUGACAUAUGACACUUUAAGAAUAUCGAGAGGUCAGAAAGUGAGAGACUUUUCCCCAUAGUUUGGCGAUGAACUGUUAACGAGAUACAAUGCCAAAGACGUCGCGAAGAAUAAUUUGAGGACUAAUUCUUCGUGUUUUAUGGAUAAGAAAUCACGCUUUGAGCUUAUAAAACUUGUAGAGGCACAGAAAGAGCAACUGAAUCGUUAUGAAACAAAACUCAGAGAUGUUGUCCAUGCCUACAAGAAUCUCUUACAAGAAAAAGAAGCAAUAGAAGCCAGUGUCAAAGUUUUAACAAGUAGUAACACCCAGCCAACAAAAAGCAGCCACAGAAAUGAACCAACCCAUAGCAAAGAUCAGAAGGAAGUUGUAAAAGAUGAAAAUAGUAGUGAUAAGGCUAGUAAGGGUGUUGGUCUAGCAAGCCCUUUGGAAGAGGAUGGUUUAAAGAAAGGGGAGGUACUGGAUCAUCCUUUAGCAGUUAAGGAUGAUGAAGGAAAUGAUGAAAAUCAAUUACCAUCUGAAAAGCAGGAAGACACCUCAUCUGAGCAUGAUGAGUUGGAAACCCUGCAAGACAAGAUAUCCACUCUCACAACAUCACUUGCUACUGUUAUGGAGCAGAAGUCAAAGAUGGAAGCCAACUACCAGGCAGAUAAAAAGAAAAUGAUGCAAGAACAGGAAGUCAAAGUCAAGGAAUAUGCAGAAGAAACCGAAAAGCUGAACAAGAAUGUGGCAACACUGGAGGAACAACUACAGGAGCUCAAGCUGCGCAUGAGACAUGAACAGCAAGCCCGUGAAGAAGAACAAAACAACCAUGUCCUCAUGCUGCGUGAACUUCAAAUGCUGUUGUCCACAGAACGCUCCACAAAAGAAGACCUUGAACAACAGCUAGAAGAUGCCAAAGAACAGAUUGUGCUGUCUAAAAAGUUACCUGGUAGCAAAACAGAGGAAUAUGAACGUCAAAUUUCCCUGCUGCAGCUUGAGUUACAAGGAGUUGAGAAACGGAUGAAGGAAGCAGAGAAAGCCUCCACAAGACCCUUGCCACUUCUGGUCCAGUUGCAAGAUGAAAUGUCCAAGAUGAAGAAAGAACAUGCAGAGGCUGUCAUAAGGGAGCAGAAGAGAGCCAAUGAUGCUGAGGAAAGGUUGAGGAUUAUUACAAGUUUAGAAGAGUGUAGAGUAGCAGAUUUGGAGGUGAAACUCUCUGAGUUGUCAGAAGUUGUCGGAAAUUAUGAAAAGCUUAGACUACAAGACCAGCAAGCUAUACAGAAACUAAAAGACCGUUUGCAGAAACUAGAUUCAGAAAAUGCCACGUUAUCAAGACAGCUUAGUUUAGAUGAAAAUCAGAUGCCAGACAAUGAAAAGGAACUGGAAGAAAACGAAACACCAGACGAGUUAAAAAAGCAAGUUUUCAAGUUGAAAGGAAUGCUCAAGAUUGCCCUUAAUUCCUGUGACACACCAAUGAAUUUUGAAGAACUGAGCAAGUCUGAGUUGGAGUCCUUCUUUGCCAACGACCCUUCUCAUCAGAUUUGUCAACAAGAGCUGCGCCAACUGAAGGAAGAGUUUGAAAGGUAUAAAGUGAAAACGCAAGCCCUACACAAGAACAAAUCUUUUAAAGAACUAAGUGAACAGUUGGAAAAUUUGGAAAUAUUAAAGAAACGCAACACGGAUUUGGAACAGCAAAUUGAAGAGUUAAAAGAUCAGGGCCUUGAAAAAGAACGGGAUCAUAAGAAGGUGAUUUCCAAUCUGCGAGAUCAAGUCAAGUUACUGGAAGAGAAACACAAACGGGAACAAGAAGAAACAAGUACCGUUUACAAACAAAGACUUGAGGAACUAGAAAGACAGGUUUUAAAUCAAAGAGAAAGAACUCUUGCGCUAGUGGCAGAAAAAGAUUCUGAGAUUGAGAUACUGAGAAGCCGCAGUCCUUCAAGUAGUCCUUCAGCAGAGAAUGUGGCCAAAACAAGGCAAGUGUUUUCUUAUCCGAGAAAGUUUGUGGAGGUGAGUAGUGGGUCUCAGGCCACUUUGGACUCUCCCCAGUCCUCUGAUGCAGAUGCAGCUGUUCAUCAACUUUUGUCCAAGCCUUCUGGGGUUAGCAACAGUGAAAGCACAUUAGUACAUUACGCUCAACAACAAGCCAGAAGGGAAGCGGAAAGCGUGGCGAUACGACGUCAGAAGAACGAGCUGGAGGCGUCCCUAAGAGAUGCUGAACUACGAGGUGAAAAGCUGAUUGAUCAAACCAACGUUCUGAAGGAAGAAAUCAGGAAACUGGAAAGAGAUAGAUCUCGAGAGAGUGCCAACUUGGAAUACCUUAAAAAUAUCGUGCUCAGGUUUAUGAUGAGCACCAGUUACUCUGUCAAACAGCAGAUGAUCACCGCCAUAGCAACCGUUUUGGAAUUCAGUCCCAAAGAG